CGCCAGAUGACACCGGAAAACCAGGAACAACUGGCUGGAAAGAGUGUAUUUAUGUCGAAAACCCCAGAGAUAACUUUGAAACCUUCUAUCAAAGGAAAAAAGACAUCUUCUCUGAAAGUGUCUUUGUCCCCUGACUUGGAACAGUCCAGAGAAAUAUCUGAAUCUCAGGCAAUGGAGAAAGCUGCAGAAGAUUUAAGCACCAAAUCUACUAAAGUUUUAGAGACAGAAGACGAUGAUGACAGCAACAAAAAAUCUGUUAUACAUAGAGUUAGGGAUGUGAGGAAGUUAGUGAAAAACACAUACAACCUGUCUUUCAAAGCAUCAAAUUCAACAUCUACUGCAGAAGAGACAGUGAUUCAAGGGAAAAGAGAGAAGCCGCCGCAAACUCCUCCAGCCUUGCACAUUGAAUGUAAAGCCAUCAGUUGGAAGGACAAACAAACAUCAGGCAGCAAAGCAAUCCACUGUCAUGAUGAAAAACUGCCUGUUGACAUAUCAAAAAUAUCACAACCAUGGGUGUGCGCAGAGACAAAAAGAGAUGCUGACAUCACUGAAAUAACAUCCAAAGGCUCUUCGCCAAAGACUGAGUCAAAACAAAAAGCACCAUAUUCUCACUCUACAACCACAGAUGGAUUACGUGAAUCAGAAAGUAUCAAUAAAAGAUCUUACAUUCACUGUGAUCAGAGUUCUAAGAUGCCCCCUAGACCCCCAAGUAAGGAGCGAGAAGUUUCUGCGUUGGUGGUUGUACCGGAUUGCACAUCCAAGACAAAGACUGUUUCCCCUACAAUCCUAGACUCUACUCAAAUGACAGCUGCAAGCAGCAGCCACUCCGUAUCCAUGCUACUGAAAGAAAAAGGGAUGCAGGCUGACAUUGGAAUGUGUGAUGUUCUCACUGAAGGUGCAAGUGCUACAGCUAAA